AUGAAUCGCUGGCACCAAGUCAGCUGCGUCGAACCUGACGUUCAAGUCUUGCCAGACCAGACAAUCCGCUGCCUUUCCUGUCAUCAAACCCCUCACACCACCCAGCUCGUUGCAGAGAGGGCCACAGUCAGCUCGGUUCCGCUUGUGCCACCAGACAAACCCCUAGGACAGCUGAAGCUCUGGUGGCCGCGAUCUGUCCCCUACUCGGUGUCGACACUGCCAGCAAGCGACGAUGCAGGUACUGGCCAAGAUGAUAUGGAUGUGGAUCAGGCUUCGGAAGCGGCCUUGACGUCAGGGCCGUACCCGUCGACUCUCGGGCCAAACGAGCUCCGCCUCAUCUGCAUCGAAGCCGCCCCUUCUCCCGACUAUCCUCUACACCUAAGCCUAGAGGUCUACGACUUGGACAACUGUCCGGAAUACGAAGCCGUCUCAUACACAUGGGCCGGCGAGGAUGGUGACAGUUCCCUUUCUAAGCCCAUCUACGUGGGCCCAUUCUGGGACUGUUUAGUUCAGACAAAGAAUUGCUGGGAAAUGCUGCGCUUCGUACGGCCAUGGCGCGGCAUUCGGAUGCUCUGGGUCGACGCCAUCUGCAUUAACCAGAACAACAUCCCGGAGCGAAGCAGCCAAGUUGCCAACAUGGAUCGUAUCUACUCUUCUUGCAGUCGUGUCGUUGUCUAUCUUGGACCUGACCUAGCCCCCCUGCUUCAUGGGAGGCCUGCUCGUCGUGGGAGGCUGCACGAGCUGGAGACAGGUGUCAUCAAGCCUGUAUUCCCUACCCAAACCCAGCAACCUCAGCCCUAUCGGCUCGAAGAUCUUCUAAGUCGGCGGUACUUUUCCCGGAUCUGGGUUAUUCAAGAGUUACUCCUGUCCAAAGGAGCCGUCAUACGAGUCGGCGACGUCGACUUCUGGGCCGAUGCUUCCAUGUCGAGUCGCCUCUCUUCGAGCAUGCCAACUUGGACAUGGGAUCAAACACACGCUGCAUGGGCACGGUACAUAUCGCAGGGGGCUUCAAGUAUCGGGGAUCUCAAGGAGCUGCUUCAGGCCACGGCUCUCUCUCUAGCAACCGACCCUCGGGAUCGGAUUUUUGGGCUUCUUGGCAUCAUGCCUGAGUUAUCGGUCUUGAGCAACCCGCCGAUUUCGGAUCCCAACACUCAUCCCCUACAGCUUGGAGGCUUACAAGCCGACUCUACGCUUUCUUGUCAACACAUUUUUAUUGGACUUUUCGGAUACUGCAUUCUAAACCUGCGGCGGCCAGAUGUCCUCUACCAUGCGUCGUCCGUCUCGCUCAUACCCGACUGCCCGUCAUGGGUACCCAACUGGACCUCCCCGGAAACCUGGAAAUUGUUGUUUCAAUCACCAAAGGCUGAUGACGAGCGAAUACUCAGUCUGAUUCGAGAUAGAAUACCCCCAGAGUCUGCAGAUUUGUCAGACACAUCAGAGUCCGAGGAUGACGAAGAUCCUGUUCGGUUUCACGACCUUGAGGGCCCUGCUCAUGCCUACGUCCAAGCAGAACGACGGUGGAAUCAGAAUGCUAGCAUUGAUACCUCUACUGGAGCAUUGUCCAUCAAUUUGACACACUGCAUGCCGCUAUCUGGACCCCUUGAGAAAAUUGAAGAGGCGAACGGCUUCUUCCUUUUCUCCCUUGACGCCGAACCUUGUGCCGUCUACCUGGUCUCGCAGCACAGACUGGAUGAGCUCGUCACGGGAUCAGACAAUGACCAGUUAUUCAUCCUCGACACAGACGAUGAUUCCAAGAUUUAUCUGAUUCUGCGGCCAAGCAAUCGCCAGAAUGCGUUCAAACUGGUUGCAGUUUGCCCAUAUGUCACGAUCAAAACCCGCUGGACAGGUCCCCUAGGGGUAGCGCUCAAGGACCUGCAGUGCAGCCUAUAUGAGGCCUUGCCAGAAGUUCAACAGAAGUUGGAGCAAGAACUAGAUCUAGAAGAGGAGUUUGCACCCCUCUGCUCUGGAGUUAAGUCUUACCGCGACCUCCUACCCACGCUGGUAAAACGGCACAGGGAAGGGCCUGAAGACGUCUGGGAACUUGCUAGUGCCAUCUACGAUGCUUGUGUGGAACGAAUUGACCCAAGGUUCUCGCCACGGAUCAGCGACGAUGGUCAUGUUGAAAUAACCAUAUCUAGCUUGGAUAAAGAGUUUCCCAUCUACACGAGAAGGAUCAUCAACCACGAUCACGGCCCCGAUUUCAGGUAUCGCAUCAAAGGCGAAGAGGAGUGGAGAGAUGUUCCUCUCUCCUUGACAACCUAUAACAACAUGAUGCAAUCUGGGGAGCAGUGGAUAGAGGUUCAAUUCGCAGAGAUCAUAGAUCCCAGAUACUUUAGGCCCGACGCACGUCAGAUUUCUAGAGGUCUUUUCCGGGAUCUGGACAGAUUUGCCCAAGUGAGCAGGCACACAGGGGAAGACAUGUUAUCCAUGCUGAUGAGGGAGCGGAGGGAUGAGGACAAGUUUGUAGGGUGUGAAAGUGCGAGUCUCCAUUACCUCUUUUGGCAGGAUGGUCCUUGGGACAAGCUACAGUUGGUUGGGAGCACGUUCAUGGUCCACAUAGAAUAG